GUUAAUCUAACCCAUCAGUCUCAAAUGUGGCAAUACGCCGAAACUGAGCAUACUUCACGGCACGCACCAGUCCCUCUCCUCCACCCAAACAACCGAUCGAGCAAUUUGAGCACUACGUAGACCCAUAUAUGCCUCUCCCAUCUCUCUAUAUAAACCCAUGCAUAUAUGUAUGAUCCAAUAUCCCUUGCUUAAUUAAUUAAGUGUGCAUAUAUAGAUAUAUCAACUUCUUAGUUUAUUAAUUACUAUAUAUGGCUUUCCCCACGAUAUUAACCCAAGGCCUUUGCAUGGCUCUGCUUGUUCUAACUCUACGGGCUUCUUCGUUCGCGUCGGCUUCUCGAGAGCUCGGCGAGAUGUCGAUGAUAGAGAGGCACGAGAGGUGGAUGGCUCAGCACGGCAAAGCGUACGAAGACGCUGCGGAGAAAGAGCGGCGGUUUGAGAUAUUCAAAUCGAACUUCGAGCUGAUUCAGACGUUCAACAAAGGAAACCACAAGUUCAGGCUCGGCUUGAACCGGUUUGCCGAUCUCACCAACGACGAGUUCAGGGCCACACACAACGGCUUCAGGCCGAAGUCGGGCGCGGCGGCGAGCACGGCGAAGCGGUUCAGGUACGAAAAUGUUACUGCAGUGCCCGCGAGCAUGGACUGGAGGGCUGAAGGCGCGGUUACUCCUGUGAAGGAUCAAGGACAGUGCGGAUGUUGCUGGGCGUUCUCCGCGGUAGCUGCAACAGAAGGGAUCGCUAAGCUUGCCACCGGCAAGCUAGUCUCCUUAUCGGAGCAAGAGCUCGUGGAUUGCGACGUCCACGGGCAAGACGAGGGCUGCGAUGGGGGGCUAAUGGACUCGGCUUUCGACUUCAUCGUCAAGAACCGGGGUCUAACCACGGAAGCCAACUACCCCUACAAGGGGGCAGACGGCAAGUGCAACACCCGCAAGGCAGAUGCGGCCGCCUCCAUCUCAGGCCACGAGGACGUGCCUGCGAACCAUGAGUCUGCCCUUCUCAAGGCAGUGGCCCACCAGCCGGUGUCGGUGGCCAUAGACGCCGGCGGGUUCGCCUUCCAGAUGUACGAGGGAGGCGUCUUUACUGGCGACUGCGGAACUGAUCUAGACCACGGGGUUACUGCGGUGGGAUAUGGCGUGGCGAGCGACGGGACCAAAUACUGGCUCAUUAAGAACUCGUGGGGCUCGUCGUGGGGCGAGAACGGAUACAUAAGGAUGGAAAGAGAUGUGAAUUCUAAAGAAGGACUCUGCGGCAUCGCCAUGGAAGCUUCCUAUCCUACUGCUUGAUGGGCAAAAUGGAAUACGCUUACUUAUAUAUGCAGAGUGCAUGUACGUAUACAAAUAAUAUAUACCGCACAAUGUAUAUAUAUAAAUAUGUGUUUGUGAUGGCUUUGCGGGUGGAGUAGUACUAUUAAGUGAAGUCAUUUAAGUAACUUUAAAAAUGCAUGUAUGAGAUGUUGCUGUGAUCGAAGCACUUCAUAAUGUAU